AUGCAAAAGGACAUACCAAAACCUGAAGUCACAAAACGAAAACCUGAAGUUUAUGAACUAUUACGUGAAGUGAAAAAACAUAAAACUAGAAGAACACCAAUUAAAGUAAAAGCACCAGAACCAGAACAAAUAGAACUAACACUGCUGUCUUGUGGACUUUGUGCAUCAACUUUUGCAAGUAAACCAGAACUACAAAUCCACAUCAACGGCCACAAGACAGACACCACAUGUGGGCUGUGUGACGACGGGGAAUUCAGAGAGUGGCCACAAAUGAUCUCUCACCGAGUCACUCACUUGAAGGACCCGAGAGAGCUGGUGUGCCACUUGUGCUGGAAGCCGUUCAAACUGCCACACGUCAUGGAGCAUCAUUACUUAACUGAGCAUUAUGACAAAGAGUUUACAGGCAUGCAAUGCAGACAGUGCCCCAAAGUUUAUCAAGACAUUAAAAAGAUGUCUCAACAUAUCUACAUCACCCACAAUAGCAAGUCGUAUUUGUGCCACCACUGCAACAAAUCGUUCACCAGAAGGGGUGGCUUAAUUAAUCACUUGCAACUGCAUUCGGACGUCACCAUUAAGUGUGACAAGUGCGACUUCUCAACCAAAAAACGGGAAUCACUGAAACUUCACCAAGUGCGCAUGCACUCCGGCGGCAAGCACCGCUGCACGCCGUGCCACCGCGUGUUCAAGUCCGCGGAGCAGCUGGCGGCACACGCGUGCGACGCGCGCGCGCAGGUCUGUCCGCAGUGUGGGGUGCUGCUCAAGAAUCAGCAUGCUCUGCAAAACCAUAUGAAAUGUCACUCAUCAGACGUUCCAUACAAAUGUCCACGCUGCCCGGCCGCGUACAAAAACUCAAGCAAUCUGAGAAUCCAUGUCGACAAACACGACAACUAUCGCCGCUUCAAGUGCAAUUCCUGUGACGCUUCUUUCUUCUCAAACAGUGUCUUAAAGAAACAUAAGAGGACGCAUACUGGAGAGAAACCGUUUGUGUGUGCUGUGUGCGACAAAGGAUUCACGGGCUCGCACAACCUCAAAAUGCACAUGAGAGUACACGGGGAAGAUCUAGUCCAGAAGAAAAUAAGUUAUUUAAGGAAUGAAUUGACAAAGUCUAAAUAGAUGUAAAUAAUAUAAAUGUUGUAAUUUAUUGAAUGUCUGCAAUGAAAUACCUGCAUUUCUUUGAUGUUGUGAAUCACUAACAAAUAUCAGAAAGUCAAUCAGUAAUUGAUUAUGAAUUCUUAUUAUAAAUAUUAUGAAACUCCUAUGUAUGUAUACC